UGGUCAAAUAUUGUAUGGUCAGACGAAUCAAACUUUGAGGUACGUUGGUUAAUUUGAUGCAGUAACGAGGUGUAACAAUAAUUUUUGAAACAAAAUGACAAGAAGAAAAUAUUCAACUAAGCAACUACUUAAUGACAUUUCUUCAUUUUUCAGAUUUUUGGUACACCUGGUGUGACAUUUGUUCGUCUUCGAGUAGGAGAAGAAUUCAAUCAGGAGUGUGUGGUGCCUACUUUGAAACAUGGUGGCGGUAGCGUAAUGGUCUGGGGCUGCAUGAGUGCUUCAGGAGUGGGAGAAAUGUUCGUGUGUGAGGGUCGCAUGGAUGCCACAAAGUACAUAAACGUACUCGAAAAUGCUCUUUUGCCGUCGUUUACUGCACUUUAUGGCGAUACCAACAUGAAUGGCGUCAAAUUUCAGCAGGACAAUGCGCCUUGCCAUAAAGCUGCACGGACAAUGGCUUGGUUCAGAGAAAACUGCAUCGAGCUUCUGGAUUGGCCAGCCCAGUCACCAGACUUGAACCCGAUUGAACAUUUGUGGGGCUUAUUGAAGCGCAAGAUCAGGCGUCAUACAUUCAAGAAUAAAGAAGACCUGAAGCGCCGUCUACGUGAGGAAUGGAACGCUUUAACUUACGAAGAAUGUAAUAAACUUGUACGAUCUUUACCUAAAAGAAUUUCUGCCGUGAUUAAGGCGAAGGGUGGUACCACAAAAUAUUGAUUUUCUUUCAAUACUAAGCCAUAUAAAGCUAGAAAAAAUUGUGUGAAUUUCUCCCAACUUAAUGGUCCCCUAGAAUUUAAAGAUAUCGAGCGUGCUCAAUACUUUUGGC